UCCCGCGCCAUUCGUCGUAUCGUUCGUACGACGCCUAUCGAACGGUACACGUCCCUGUCCCGAAUUCCUAUAAAAUUAUUCAUCCCCAAAUUUCAUAAAAUACUCCUAGUAAGAAUAAAAGUACUUCGGAAUCAAUUAAUUUAGUAAGCAGACGACCCCCGAUUCACUUGAAACACCCAUCUCCGAUUGAAUUGAAUCUUGAAAUUUGAUUAUGGUGCUGUGAUUGUGUGCGCUAAAAUCAAGGAAGCGUCUUAUGUGUGAUGUGGUGAAGUUUGGUGAGGUGUGAGUGCGGUGUCGUGGCGGGUGGGUAGUGAGCGCAUGCAGGGGCGCGCGGGCGCAGGUCCGGGCGGGCAUCGCACUCUCCCGCGCGCCCUCCCACCUCCGGUCCUGCCGCCGCCGCCACAGUUCGCUUCCGAGGAAGACGAGAUGCCGGCCAAUCAAAUUGCACAGGUAAUCGCGCUAAUAUGUGGCUUGCUGGUUGUAAUCCUGAUGGUGCUUGGACUGGCAUCAGCGGACUGGCUAAUGGCGGCCGGCUGGCGUCAGGGGCUUUUUAUGCACUGCAUCGACCCAAUCGCACCAACACCCUUGCCCUUCGACAUUAUAGCUCAGCCGGGAUGCUACGCCGCGAGACCAGCCCCAUACAUCAAGGCCGCGGCUGGUUUGUGCGUGGCGACGCUAGCGGCGGAUGUGUGCGGGGCUCUGUUGACCGGGCUCGGACUGCGCUCCACUGAUCACCGCACUAAGUUUCGGUACUACCGUUUCGCAGUGCUCGCUAUGGCCCUUGCACUGAUGUGCAUUUUGAUAGCAUUAGUCAUCUACCCGGUUUGCUUUGCGGCCGAAUUAAAUCUGGGUAACCGGUCCGUUUGGGAGUUCGGUUGGGCGUACGGAGUGGGGUGGGGAGCCGCCAUAUUCCUGUUCGGGGCCGUAGUGCUUCUGCUCUGCGACAAGGAGAGCGAGGAGCUUUAUUAUAAGGAGCGGAAAGUGGUGAGCGUGGAGGGCGGCGGACGCCCCUAGGGUUGCGGGCGCCUGCCCGACCUCGUGCCGUGAGCGCGCGUCUAGUGCGCACGCACACGCGCGCCCGUGACGCGGCUCGACGCACACGCACACACGCACGCCACGCCGCGCGGCCGACGCACGCGAUCCCAUAGCCUUUUGAACGACAUUGCCGCCUGUACUCUACCACUGAACAAAUGCCAUAGAUACUAAGGAUCCCAUUUAAAAAAAAAACAUUAACAUUUAUGUUGAAUUUAAACUUUUUAGUAUUUUGAUUUAAUUUGUUAACAUGGAGCGCACUAACGCCGUGUCAUUCAAAAGGUCGCUUCGUCACUGAAGUACUACUAUAUUAUUAUUAGUAUUAUUAUUGCCGAUCGAAAUGUUUAACCCUGUAUUCUAAAAGAGUUGUUUUGAGAUGCUACAUUUAUCGGUUUAAAGUGAAGAUACGAAUUCCGUCGUGUUGAGUACAUUGGGCUUGUCUCAUCGUGUUGCGGAACUCUGAAAGCGAUUGUCACGAAAGAUCUGAUUCGAGUAAAGAAAAUUAAUGUUAGUUUUUUGAAUGUCUAGUUUUUUUGUGAGGAAAAUUAAUAGUAGGUUUUGGACGACGUCUGUUCUGCUUGUUAUAAAUUGUAAAUAGAAAUUCAAUAGGCUGAGUUUACGCACAGCAAGAGAAUAGCUACAACGGACUUGUUUGUCUCGAAAGUGUUGAGCGCAGUGAAUUUGCUCGGACUUAACCACAACAAUCUGUUUAGAAAUCUAGUUCUAAAUAAUUGUACAAUUUUUCUAACAUGUCAGAACUAUUGUGAAUAAACUGUUGCAGGGAUAAAUUGAAUGCAGCUUUGAUUAAGUAAAGUGCACGACUCGCGGCUGAGAAAUUGAGUUUUGCAGCAUAAAGUCUGAUUAUAAUAAAUUAUUGCAAAUCAGACGGUUAAUCCAAAGCGUUUAUGGUUGGUAGAUAUGUGUUUAUUCGUAGUUGAUUUGCUUAAUUUAUUUAUGUACUGAUAUCGUUUUUAGUCAUUUAUAAGUUUGUGUUAGAGGAUAUAUAUUUAAAAACAAAACAAAAAAAAUGUAGCUAUAAAAAGACCUUUAUGAAGUGAGAGUAACACUUUGUGGGGUUGCCUUUUGUGAAUUUGUGUAUUUUUGAUUUUUCUAUAAACUUCACUGUUCGACUGUUUUGAAAAGAUUUUGUUUUGUUUGCAAACGCUACCGAUCUGUGUAUCGAAUUAUGGAGGGAACGUGUCCAAGGUCAUUGCAUCAGAGGUGAUAACAGCAUACAAUUGAUUUUUAUAUAAACUUCAGUGUUGGAUUUUAAAAAGAUUUUGUUUUGUUUGCAAACGUUACCGAUCUGUGUAUCGAAACAUGGAGGGAACGUGUCCAAGGUGGUUGCAUUAGAGGUGAUAUUACAACCAUUGAAAUGAGCAAGGAUAGUGCGGCUGGUACGAACUACAUUGAGUCCACGAUGCGUCUCGGACACGCUCCUGUCCGCGUGUCCAGAGAAGGCCGCUUGUCUCUGGUCGCGUUGCGGCGAGUGCGUCGCGUCGGCGGCGUCGGUGUGUGCGUGUGAGUGCGUGCGAGUGCGUGCGUGUGCGUGCGGGCUCGAGUGGCAUCGGGCAGGCGACCCUAAUAACCGCUCGCUCUACUCUAUACCUGCGAUUACAGAUAACGAACUGUGUUUUAGUGUAGUGUAAAGUGAAAGACCGGACCUAUGACCGAGUGAAUUAAUGUUGUAAUAAUGUACGGGCUACGAUAACUGAGACGUGUCGAUCGCCGAAGCUACCUUUCGAUGUGUAAUUUAAAUCGAUGUUCGAAAUCGAUUCGCGGACGGGCUAUUCGGAAUAUUAAUUAUCUGAAAUGUGAAUCGAUAUUAAAAUCAACAUUUUCGGAUGCCCUAUUUUCGAUCGAUUUCAACAUAAGUAUAAACGUAUAGAAUAGAAUCAAUCGAUAUUAUAUUCCGCAAUAGAUAUUUCUCUGUAAAAUUAUUUCUGUGUAUGUAAUCAGAGCUAGGUAUCUCGAAUAUCUGCGAGCAGAGUUGAAUCUCAAUUGUUUUCAGGAAUUGAAAAUCUAAAAAAUUGCAUGAUACUUUAUUAACGAUUGUCAUAUAUUGUAACCGCAUUAAUGUAAUUAAUCUCAAAUAUAGUAAGUAAUUAUAGUACAGCGGUAUAUUAUUAUGUACGUUUAAGUAAGUCUAAAUCAUCAUAGUUGCUGUAGUCAUUAGAAUGAUAAAUGGUUUUCGGACAUGAUGAAUUUAUUAGUGAUUCAAUUUAUUCUGUACUACUACUAUAAUAUUAGAUGUUUGUGUAAUCUCUCAUUAAGGCUUUAAAUAAUUUACAUUUUAAUUUAUAAUAAUUAUUUACAUUUUUACAAAAACUUAAUUUUAAACUAUAACUAUAGCUCCUAAUAAUUACACGGCAACUAUUGGAAUCCUCACCUUACGUUUAGGAAUUUUAAAAUUUGAUUUAAGAAUAAAUAUUUUACUUAUAUAUAUCUAAAUUAUAUGUAAUCUGUAGUUUUUAAGAAUUUGUAACAAAACUAAAUGAUACAAUUUAUCAGAACUCGUUGUAUGAAAAAAAACUAUAUAAAUAGAUUAGAAAUGAUUUCCUUUAUUAAUAAGCUACAUAGCAGUAUUAUGUUAUAACGUACGUAAUAAUGUGUGAUACCUCAAUUUUUAUGUUUAAUAUUAUUUUCUAUUAUGCUCUUUCUUUCAUUUUAUAUUAGGUAUCGCUCUGUGUCAAGUCAAAAAUUAUGCAUAUUUCCCCACUAAACUACACCACUGCCAUGAGUUAUAAGUUAUUUAAAGUGAUAUUUUAUUUUCAUUAUUAGGCUAAUUUAUUGGAAAUAGUUUUAAAAUAUGAGGAAAUUUAUAAUCCUGUUAGCUACUUACGUUAUGGGCAACUAAGGCACUUUAGUCAGUAAUGUUAUUGUCUAAUAAAUGUAUUUAUUCCGAAAUCACUUUCUAAUAAAAUAUAAAAAUAGUCAUAGUAUGACGAGUACAAGAUUUUGCGAUACGAAAAUGUUGUAUAUUUAAAAAAUACAGUACAAAGUUAUUUAUUUUAUUAUUAUUGAUUGCGUGAUCUAGCUCACGACCCCCUUGGUCUUACGUGAUCGCCGAUGUUCAUAGACUUCGUAUAAAGUAAAUUGGGACAUGAGGUGCAAGUAAGUCGCUAUUGUAUAAUGGCUGUCUCACACUUCGCUGCCAGGGUCCUUAGUGCGAGUAUUUUAACGUUCUCGAUAGCGUAAAAGUUAAGUCAAAUUUGUAUGGAGUUUGAACGUUUGUCUACGUUUGCCGCUAGGGGCGCUGUUCCAAAUGUAUACAAAGAGUAACUUUUAUCCUAUGGAGAACGUUAUAAAACUCACAUUAAGCACAUAGAACGUAUUUCUACUUUGCAUCAGAAAUAGGUAGAUGAUCGUGAAGCAAACUCGUAUAGGCUUACACUACGCCCUAAUUAGUCUAUGCUGAUUGGUUAUUGUAGUAUCUCGGUAUAAUAAUACUCUGGGAACGUUGUCUGCUCAUUCUCCAGUGAAUCCGGAAAGUUUUUCAAUCUUGCUAAUAACUAAAGAUAAAUGUAUAACAAGAGGUGUUUUUUUUAUAUUAUUGUUGUUCGAACAUUGUGAAAAUUAAAUGUAAUAAGUCAAUUGUUGUCAGUGUUAAAAUUGUUGCCCAAUUAGAUCUGAAAUCAAGCUAUACGUUUCCUUAGCCAAAUAUGAGUCAUAUCAAACGAGAUUGAAUAAAUUAAUUAGUACAUAAA